AUGAACGAGUCACUUGACUGUAUCAUAGCCAUAGAUUUUGGCACGGCAUACAGUGGCUAUGCCUUCAAUAUUACACCCAAAGCGAAAGAAACUGAACCCUUUUUGAAGAGAUGGGGAAAAGAGCAUGGACAGGACACUCCAAAGACGCCAACAUGCAUUCUAUUUGAUGAACAAGAAGAAUUUCUGCAGUUUGGUUAUGAAGGUAAAACAACCUAUAUCAAGAUGCAUGGAGAAGAAGCAAAGAGACAUUACUUUUUUGAAAACUUCAAGAUGGAAAUCUAUAGCAAAAAACUCAACAGAGAUUUGAUGAUUAAAGCUGCAAAUGGGAAGUCAGUGACAGCCUUUAAGGUGUUUACAACAGCACUGUGGUAUCUGAAGGAAGACGCACUGAAGAGCAUAAAUGCCAACACAGAGGGAAGGAAAUUCAUAUCCUCUGACUUCACCUGGGUGUUGACUGUACCUGCCAUCUGGGAUCCAUCAGCAAAGCAGUUCAUGAGAGAAGCUGCGACUCAGGCAGGAAUCGUUACAGAAGGAAAUCAACACAGCCUGAUCAUUGCACUGGAACCAGAGGCAGCCUCAGUCUGGUGUAAGAAGCUGCCAGCUGAUGGCUUUAUCACACAGAAUCAUGAUGGAGGAUCACUGGAUCAGUCUCCAGGAACACAGUACAUAGUUGUGGACUGUGGAGGUGGAACCAUUGACAUCACUGUUCAUGAAGUCCUGGAUGGAGGAGCCCUGAAGGAACUGCACAAGGCCUCAGGAAAUGAUUUGGGAGGACAAUCUGUGGACAGAAAAUUCAAAGAGUUCCUCAGAGAAAUCUUCAGUGAUGGUGUCUGGGAUAAAUAUGAGGAAAACUUUCCAAGUGAGGUUCAGAGGAUAAUGUAUGAUUUUACAUUUUUCAAACAGGUAGAUGAUGAUGUUCAGAUGUCCUGUCCAUAUAACCUGGGAACACUGGCUCAGAAAAUACAGGAAAUAGAAAAGUUCUUUGAAUCAGUGGAAGGUGCUUCCUGGGACUGUGGAGCAAUCAGAAUCUCUAAAGAGAAACUGAGGUCUUUCUUUGCUGAGAGUCUGAAGGGCAUCACCAAGAGUCUCAGCGACAUAUUAAAGAAUGAUUUCAGUAUCGAGUACAUUCUGUUAGUGGGGGGAUACGCAGAAAGCAAGAUUCUACGUCAACAUGUGAUUGAUCAGUUUGGUGAUCAGUGUAAAGUUCUGUGUCCUUUUAGGCCCCAGGAAGCAAUCCUGAAGGGAGCAGUAAAGUUUGGAAGAAGCCCAGGGUUGGUGGCAUCUCGAAAAAGUGCUUUCACUUAUGGUUUUGAGACUUCUAAGACAUUUGAUGAGUCUAACCACCCGCCAGACAAGAAGUUUGUCAACACAGAGGGUGUGUGGUGCUGUAGCAUUUUUAAUAAACUGGUGGAAAUUGAUGAGGAUGUUUGCUGGAAUGAAAUUAGACAUCACACCUUAUAUCCCCUGGAAGCAGAUCAGACAAAGAUGAGCUUUAGCUUUUACUGCACAGAAAAAAAAAGUCCAAUGUAUGUGGAUGAGGAAGAAAUAAAGAAAUUGUGCUCAUUUGUUGUUGACAUGCCUGACAUUACAGGAGGUACCCAUCGUCAAGUCAAACUGAAAAUAAAGUUUGGCUUCACAGAAAUGACAGCCACGGCCAUUGACAAAGAUUCUGGAUCAACAAAGUCGAUCAAGCUCAACUUCUGGACUAAAUCAUGUUGUUAA